UUCUUCUCCUUCCUCUCCGUGUUUAUUGGCUUUUGGAAAACCAAAAAGGUGCAUACCACCACAUAUUGUGUGUAAAUGCUGCGCUUGCUAAGUCAGCUAAAGUAAUUUGGCUUUGUAUUAUCAGUUCUGUUUAUUGGUUAUAAUUUCAUUAUCUGCCAAUAACCGAUAAUGUACAUGUACCAGUAUCGGCCUGAUCAUUUAUCAGUCUACUAUAUACCAUGCAUCCUUACUUGUAUUUAUAUCAGACAUACAUCAGUAUCAUGGUAUAAUUACUGCCUGUCAGAACUUUUCAGUUAUGUAACACUGUUGAUACAGUGUUCACUGUUUCCUUGGCUGCCUGGUGAGUCAGGGGUGAGAGCUGAGAUGUCAUCAAAAAGCUCUGGAGGAGAGAAAAACACGAAGCAGGAGGACAACAAACGGGUGAAAGUGAUCCGUCGUGAAAGGCUCGAUGAGGCAGAGCCGAGGCGGAGAGGUGGCCGUGAGGACCGGGGAGGGAGAGUUUGGAGAGGAGCCGGGGGACUGCCCAUGGUGGAGGGGCGGAGCAGUAAGCAUGCGCUGAGCUGGCAGACUCUUGAGCUGGUCCUGACGGGCUGGCUGGGCUCCGGGCGGCUUGUCUGUGCGCUUCAGACGGUCGUGGGGGAGACUACCAUCAACACUCGGCGCGUCCUCGAGUGCUCAGAAGGGGCGAGAGGAAAAAAAAAAAAAAAAAAAAAAAAAACAAGAAAAGAAAAAAAAAAGCAGAAAGAGUCGCGGAGAUAACUGCGAGGGAAAGGGAGAGCAAAGAGCCCCACCUCGGCAUCUGGAAAAAAAGCACCGAAGAAGAAGAAGAAGAAGAAGAAGGAGACGAUCCUCCCCCUCUACCCCCACACCCCGUCGCCAACCCGCCCUAUCCACCCUACCCACCACUUCGUGCCAUCCCUCUGGUCUGAACUGCCCUCCCACCCCGCCAGGAGAGCCGCGACCACCCAUAGGAAACCCCCGCUUGACCAGCGUUGCCAUUAAGCGAUGCGCAUUGUAAUUUAGGGAGAAUAUGCGUUUUUGACGCACAGCACAACCAGUGGGCUUCAUUUUUCCUCCAGCGGGGAACAGUUCAGGCUCCGGAUCUGGCUGGGUGUUUACACUUUUUUUUUUUUGUUGUUUUAAUUUUGAAUUUUUUUUUGACGGGUUUCCAGUGGGCAAUGAUAACAUGCACAAUCUCUCACCCCACGGCAACAGACCAGGCUGCCACUGUAUAGAUUAGUCUCUAUUUAAACAACCAGCUGUCACACGCGCCGCGUCCGAGCUUAUGUUUGAUUUUUCCAUGCUUAGAAAUCCUCCUGACAAUGGUCUGGGAGCGGACCGCCUCUCCAGACACCUAGAUACAUCUUCCCAAGACGCACCAGCUCCGCGUUUGCUUUUUAUCGGAGGAAAAGCGACACAUUGACGAGGAGUCAUUUGACACCGACGCCGCUUCGAGCCGGAGGACUUUGCGUGCCGAAGUUUGCACCGGGAAAGAAGGAGGGGGGCCAAAGUCGGAGACAUCUCGGCCAUAUCCACGGCAUUUUCUUUCUCCCUCUCCCCCCUGUUAAGGUGGGAGGUGAGCGGGUUGUGGCCAUGCUGUCCCUGGACGAGCCCCUGGACCUGAAGCUCCCUCGGCGGGCCAAUGGGAGGGACAGAGGGGCGCGCUCGCCUCCGCUCUCCCCGCUGCACCCCAAGCGAGCUCGCCAGCUCCGCAUGGCGGAUGACGGCACUGCAGUCAUAGAGCCCGCCUCCCCAGCAUCGCCGCACACAGGUGUGCAGGUGGUCCCUCACGACCGAACAGACACCCCCACCCCCCCUGCAGUGGACCUGAGCAUGUCUCCCUCCUCCCGCCACACUCCCAGUUCUCCAGAAAUGACUAACGGCAACUACGUCCCCUCAGGGAACAUCUCACAGGCCUUUCAGUUUUUUGUGCCAAUCGGAGCGGGGCCGGGACUCCACCUGCCGUCCUCCAUGUUCAUUGGCCAGACGAGCGACAAGAGAGCCUCUCCUGACCUCUCAGCGGAUGAGCAAUUGGCCUGUCGCUGGAAGAAGUGCCAUCUGCUCUUUGACUCCCUGCAAGACCUGGUGGAUCAUGUCAACGACUUCCAUGUCAAGCCCGAAAAGGAUUCUGGGUACUGCUGCCACUGGGAGGGCUGCGCUCGCAAAGGGAGGGGUUUCAAUGCUAGGUACAAGAUGCUCAUCCACAUUCGCACACACACUAACGAGAAGCCCCACCGCUGUCCCACCUGCAACAAGAGCUUCUCACGCCUGGAGAACCUCAAGAUACACAACCGGUCACACACAGGUGAAAAGCCCUACAUCUGUCCCUAUGAGGGCUGCAACAAGCGUUACUCCAACUCCAGCGACCGCUUCAAGCACACACGCACGCACUACGUGGACAAGCCCUACUACUGCAAGAUGGUGGGCUGCCUGAAGCGCUACACAGACCCCAGCUCCCUCCGCAAGCACAUCAAGGCCCACGGCCACUUUGUGGCCCAGGAGCACGGCUCCCCAGGUGGGGUGGGCUCCCUGCUGAAGGGGAGUCAAAGCGGAGGGCCUGCAGGCGAAGCUGGGAAGGAUUCAGAGCUGUCCUAUGUAAGCGCUGCCCACAUUAUCAUCCCAGGGGCGGCGGCUGCUCUCCUGGGAGGCCACGCUCUGCAGGGUCUUGGCGGUGCCCUGCCCCUGUCCCCUCUCAGCCCUCGGCCCCUGGACCUCAGCACGCUGGGUUGCCCCAGCUCACCGCCAGCCAGCAUGGGAUCCAUCCUGUCCUUCAGCGGCUCCCCGCUGGGCCUGGCCAAGUCCCCUCUGCUCUCCUCAGUGUUCCCCUCCUCGGCCCUGGGACUGCCGAUGGUGCCCAUGAUGGGGGCCUCGUCUGAUCGCAGGGCCCAGAGCCUGCAGGCCAGGAAGGGCCGGGGGGAGCAGGCCAAGAAUGAGGUGACUGGGGGGGUCCUGAACCUCUCCACAGGAGAGUCUCAUGACCCCCUGUCCUGGGUGGUCAUCCCCCCAGGCACUGUGGUGCUCAAGCCAGCUGUGGUCAACUGAUACACACACACACACACACACACAUUCCAGAAGAGCUCAGGGGGGUGGGGUUGGGGGGUGGGGGUGGGGGACGCCAUAGUGAGGGUACAGGCGGUCAAAGGUGAUAGGGAUUGGCUCGCACAAUCAAAUCCAGGCAAUGCAACCUGAGAGAAUCUCAUCAAACCUUCAAUCAGCAGAACAAAAGAAAACACUACACCUCACAAGAUUUAAGUAUACAACGCAAGCCUCUUGUAUUGAUGGGAAACUAAACCUGGGGCCCAAGAACUCUGUAUUUCUAUUACAAGGCCUGACAACGGGCUACUCUUCGCUCUUUUAUACUUUAUUCAUUCCUGUUUGCUGGUUCUGUGGACAGGGACCAUGAAACGUGACGGUCUUAGUGCUCUGUGUUCUUACAAAAGUCCUGAUUCAACGAGUAGUAUUUAUACAACUGUAUUCAUCGACAGUGUGCCUCCAGCUUAGCGGCGAGACAGACGCACCACAAGAAAAAAAAAAAAAAGACGAACGACGCGCUCGCAGUUAGGCUAACGUGCACGUAAUAGGACGAUUCUCCAUGGCUGAUUUUUCAGAGUUAUGACCAAUUUCUCACAGGCUGCUGUGAUUAAUGUGAUUCGGACAGGCUUGCCGUUACCAAAGCAAGUGAACUCAAACUGUCUCGGAUUUGUCCAGGAAAGAGACUGCCGAGACAGUUCAAUUAAACACAGCACUUAUUAGUGUCAGCUGGUUCUAGUAUUGAAACCUCAAAACUGCUGCUAACCUCUCAGCUCCCCCCAGUGUUAACACAAACUGGGUGAGAGCACCUUUGACAAUCUAUCCCCAAGUUCGGGGGAGGGUGACCAACAAGAAUGUGUGCCAGGCGUACAGACUAGGGGCUUUUCAGGGGCACAGAGCGAACUGAGGACUUGACACAGACCAACGGUGUUACAUCACCUGGCAAUGACCAAUCAUCACUUCCUCUCUUUUACUGGAGUGAAAUUUAAGGCAUGGGUGCAUCUGGCUCCCUCCCCUGGUCAGACACGACACACAGCAUCCCUCCUGCCAUCUACAGAACGCGCACUGUUUCAGUUCUGGAUUGUCCAGCUGCUUUCCCGUAAUUGAAUCAACACGGCCAGUUUGUGUAUGAAAGGGCCACUGUGGCGAUAAACACUAGUUUCUUGUGUUUUAGAAAUUGACCCGACCCAAAACCAGCUGUGAAAAACAGGUGGUCGUCCAGUUUGAGCUCAACUUAGCCCUGUUGGUUUUUAAAGUUCAGCAGGUCCCAUGCUGCGCCGAAAAUACCUGGAGAGAGUGGAGAGAGGGAUGCAUGUAUUGUGCCACAGAAGGGGUGGGGGGCUGUGAUGCACUCAAUGCCACCUACAGCUGGACUGACUAGGAAGCCACACUUUCGCAAACUGCCUCAUUUUAUCUGUCCAAAGGGGCAACGGAAAAAAAAGACAAAAAAAGACAAAGACUCAUUUGACUUCUGGGGAAUCUUUUCUCACGGUUCAAUUAAGCAGGCAACAUGCACUUACAGUACCACACACUAUAUUCCUGACAUGUUUUAGCAAAUGUUACUGCCAAGUCUUUAAAAGCUAGUUCGCUUUUAUGUUGUUGUUGUUGUUUUUUUUUCUGCAAGGGUCAAUUUCGCUUGUCAGGGUCCCUCCAGGCUUGUGUUGCAUGCGUGACGCUGACUGCCAUCUCCACAGAGGAGAGGUAGGGGAGCGGGAGAGGACCGUCGCAACACAAGGAACAUUCCCUCAAGAGACUCCUCCUUCUCCCCUCCUGCUUCUACGUUGAUGGUCUCACUCUUCCAUCGCCCAGUCUUAGAAAUAAUCAGUUAUUGCUGUUUUAUAUUGUUGUCUCUUUUUUUUCUUUCUUUUUUUUUGCUGUUGUUCAGACGAGACAUUUUUUCUGAUGUUGAAGUUGCUUCUUGUGUUCUGCGAUGGCUGCUCUGCACUCAGCUUUCUGCCGCCGAGGACAAGUCUUUUGAGGGGUUGAGGAGAAGAUGAGAGGGGGAGAUUUGGGACGGGGGGGUCAUCUCAAUCUGAAGGGUCACAAGAAGAAGAUGACUAUGCUGAUGACGUUUUAACACAAUUAGGUAAUUUUUAAAAUCUUUUUCCAAUAACGGUGCUUUUAGCCACUAGCUACACUAGUGGCAUGGCUGAAAGUUUGAAAGGACCAUCAGGACCACAUUUUAAUCUUAAUACUCUGGUUUAUGACCAAAUAACCACAUAGCCAACGACGUCCCCAUCAGCCACAGCUAUAUUUAGGUUUUUGGGCUAAUUGGCACAUUUAAGUAUGCUAAUAUGCUAAGCUAAGACGGUGAGACAGGUAAAUAUUUACAUCACCCCAUUUUGCUCAAAACACUGCCGUGGCCAAGUAUAGUCUCUACUAGCAUGGUUGGAGACUCCUGUGAAUUAACAAUUUGCUGAUGGUUCAGGGCUGAGAAACCCUUGUAAUGAAAGAGGAAAAUAAAUUACACUCUGUUUGAGAUGUAAACAGCAAUAUGUACAAAACUAACGGCAUAAACUGUGAAGAGGGAGCAGUGUUAUAGUCAAGACCACGUCUAACAAAACUCUGUGGGGUUGAGAUCAAGAAUUGACUGAGCCACAGCCGGGCAGGAGUGCAGGCGUGACACACUUACAAAUCAUAUACGCUACUUAAAUUGAUCAAAGGGCUACAAAGAUUCCUCAUUACUCACCUCCUUUAUUGCCAUAUUUAGAAUAUGAUAAUAAUUAUAAAGCAUAGCAUUUUCAAAAGGCAUCGCAGAGGUGAAGUUAGCUUUUUUUAAAUGAACAAAUAAAUACAAACAUGAAGGAUCUCCUUUUCCAUGUUUUACCAUCCAUCCAUGUAAGACAAUACAAUUGCGUGUGCAAGUAUCAGGUGCAAUAUGUACGAAAUACAGUUGAAAACAUUCAAAGUUUGACUAAAAUAAUCAAUGGAAUGUUAAAAACAGUUCUGACAUCUGUGUAUAGUGUUGCGAAGAUAUACACUGAAGUUAGCGUGCUAACCAGAUAACAGUGUAAAGUAGCUGAACUAGUGGUGCCAACACUCAGACUGCUAGCUGCACAGCUAACUGAGCUAACGGCAGUUACAGUUAGCAGCAGUUAGUGGUUACUCUAGCAAUAUGCUGACUCCUAAUUGUUUAGAAUAAUACAGGCCAAUACAGUUGAAUAUUUUUUUUUAUUUUGGGGGGGUCACAAUCCAAAAGGUUGGAUACCACUGCCCUAGGAGGGACAUCUGGUUUAUGGGGAGGGGGACAUCACAUUCCUCCACAAAAUGAGGAUCAUUUUAGAGGGUUUGUCCCAAAAAUACAAAAUUAUCUUUGUGCUAAAUUAGGCGCGCACACUUUGCUUUUCUUUGUUCUGACGCUCAGUGUCCGCAGUGAGUUAAAGGGAAACCACAGAGCUACAAAAUCCGACUGUGAAAUGGCGGGCAGCGCUGGGAAAGUGUGAGAGCGAAGAGAGGAAGGAUUGGCUGAAUGAAUAAAUGAAUGGACAGGCGACGGGGAGGGAGAGAGAGGGAGAUGAGGGGAGAGGCUGUGUGUGCCAGCGUGGGGGAGAGAGGGAGGCAGAGGAUAGCUGCGCCGUGCAGCCGCCCUCCAUCUGGCCACCUACCCAGCAAACGGCCCUCUCAGCUCUGAAGUCACUGGCUGUGCUGUGCCCAAUGUGGCAGCCACUCACAAGGCGUACCAGCCUGCAGGAAAAACUAGGCCACUGAACUCUGUCUGCCCUCUGGCUUUUUUUUUUUUUUUUUUUUCAUAGAUUAAACCCAAAAGGCUCAACUCCCCCACCUCCCGGCCACAAAGCUUUUUAUUUCACCGGAGAUUCACAGUAAACAAAAACAAAUACAACCCUCCCUGUCUGAGGAUGAGCUUUGUGUCGGGCUGCAGAGCUGCAUACCUGCGUUUUCUCCCCCAGUAAUUCUUACUCAUCAUUAUCUCAGACGACCCAUCCCCCUCCUCUUCCUCACCACACUCACACACCAUCACACAUGCCAGUAGCCUGUCUCCGGGUUCAGAAUCCCUUGUUGUGAGUGGACAAUUCUGGCAUGUGAUGUCAUCAGAAACAGGUGUUAAGUAGGCUAGACACGGUUUCCGUGGCAACAGUGAAACCCACAGAUGCAGCGGCUCUCCUCCUCCUCCUCCUCCUGUCGGUCUGUCUCUCUCUCCUCUGCAGGUCGAAGGCAGGGCCAGAGACUCGGCGCGGCGGCAGAAAGCUGAUUAAUAAAUAAGACGACACGGAUCCUCCUGGAGUCCACAACUUUUUCAAUAUUAAAUAAGCUGUAUGAUCCAUUAACCCUUUGAGCUCAGUCUGUAAUGAACUGCACUUUUGUUCCCCUCAUAGUGUGCAUAGAUACGGGGAUGCUGCCACAUCCUGUCUCAGUGUAGAGCGUUAUUCAUCAGUUGUUUUGGGAACCAAGAAUAAUUGUAAAAAAAGAAAAAGAAAAAAAAAUCAUCCUCAGUUGCUGAAAAUGUCUGAAAUUAAAAUCUUAUUUUUCUUUUUUUUAUAUAUAUUAUAAAGCGGUACUUGCUUGCUCCUGGAGAUUUUUAAAGUAAACCCUCACUUAAAGCUAUGAAAAGUUGGAACAGAUAUCCAGGGCACGAAAUUCGCGUUAGCUAGCUAGGUCAGUGUAAUUGUUAAGGGGUGCCAUUGACUGAAGUGCCACAGUGUUGCACAAAGGGUUAAUGAUAAGACUAAGGCCACGCAAGGCCUGUUCCAAGUUAUGUUUUUUGCACAUUUGUGAGAUAUUAUGUCAGUAUUUUAAGUUUUCCAAGUGCCUUUUUAUUAUAGGUAAAAAAAAAUAUAGAAGCUAUACACUAUAUGAAAAAAAAAUGAUUAUAUGAAAAUAUAUUUUUUUCCUGGCAUCAUGUUCUGUGGUUGAACAUGCAGAAUUUUAGAGUUGUAAAAGUCUCCAAUUGGUACAACAUAGCGGUGUUCUCCUGUUUUAGAGGAAUUUUAUUACGAUAUUGAUAAUAAUGUCAAUGAAAAGGAAAAUGUUUAAUAAAGUUGUAUUUGAUA